GGAUUCGCAGUGAAUGGAAUAAAAAUCUGUUGGUGUGGAGGAGUCUGAAGAUCUAGGGUUGGGUUGAAUGCUUCUGCCGUGGUGAGGAAUAUAGCUUAUAGAACACGCGCGUACCAUGGAGUCCCAAACAGUGCCUUCGUCAUAUCUUCACAAGCCUUCAAUGGUAAUUUGGUUAUACAAAUUGAAGGAGUUGUCGGUUGUCACAUUGCAAAGGGUCACGGUAUCAAACUUGCCGUUAGGCUUAAAGCGAGGCUAUUUGAUUCUCGGGCAUGUCUUAUACGAAGUACUCCGUAUUUCACCUGCGCGUCCUUCCCUUUUCUGCUUUUCCGUUCAAGAAAGGCCAGCAAGCAGCCGCAUCCAUGAUUUUGAAACUCUUAUUUGGAUGUUCUGGAGUCCUCUAUUAUUCAUCUAUAAAUAUCUGGCACCUGCUAUGUAGCAUUUUUUUAAAAUUCUUGACAUUGUCUUGUAAUCUCUUUCUUCUCUUCUAAUGAAUUAUAUAUUUCCUUAACAUUUAAAUCCAAUUUAAUUC